GAAGUUUCUUCUGUUUUUCUUGAACUGAAUGUCAUCGACUGUGAAAUCACACCAAUAUCGUAGUACAAUGUAAGGCCGGCGAAGUGUAGUAUAAGGCAUCAUCCACGCAUUUUCAACGCAAUCCUGGGGGGAAAAAACACCUUUAGACCUUAUUUCAUAAUGAGGAACAUCUGCUCUCAUAAAAAAGUCUUGGUGCUAAGCCUACCUACACUUUUCUUUGUCUACCACAUACCAUACUCUAUAAGGUUCCUUGAGGGCUUGAUUCCUAUGGGUAAAUGUGAGUUAUCCCAUGCAGACAUGAAGCUAGACAAUGCUGGGGACAAAGGUCUUAACUUUGGGUCUAGAACUGACGUUCAGACCUGCACUUACUGGGGUGCACCCAUCAUCUGGGAUGGGAUGUUCAACCCAGAAGUUUAUGAUCGGACCCAUACAAAAGACCAUACAUCGGUGGCCUUGACUGUAUUUGCUGUGGGCAGGUACCUUGAUGUGUACUUGAAGGACUUCUUGAUCUCGGCGGAGCUCCACUUUAUGGUGGGUUUUCCUGUGACUUACUAUGUCUUUACAGAUGUCCCAGAAAAGAUUCCGGCCCUAAAACUGGCAUCAGGGCGAGAGCUGAAAUUUAUGCCUGUGAAACGCCACUCUCGGUGGCAGGACAUCUCAAUGAUGCGCAUGAAAUCCAUCAGGGACGCCAUCGACAGUUAUAUCCAGCAUAAUCAUCAGUAUGUCUUCUGCAUGGACGUGGACCAGGUCUUCAGGGGCCGCUUUGGCACCGAGGCUUUGGGGGACUCUGUGGCCCUCCUCCACGCGCACUACUACCAUCGCUUCAGGAGAAUGUGGACCUACGACCGAAACCCCAAGUCCCAGGCCUACAUGGCGGACUCUCAGGGCGACUUCUACUACCACGCAGCAGUGUUCGGUGGGUCCUGGCAGAGCGUGAAGCAGAUUACGGACACAUGCUAUCGCACAAUCAUGGAGGACAAAAAGAAUCAGGUGGAGGCUCUGUGGCACGAUGAGAGCCACCUGAACAAGUACUUCUGGAAGCACAAGCCCAGCAAGGUGCUGUCUCCCAAGUACUGCUGGGAUACCUCCAUUGGGUAUCGCAGUGAUAUCCAUAUUGCACGACUCCUCUGGCAAAAGAAGCUAUAUGACCGGCUUAGGGGCACAGGAAGCUGAUGGUGGAGCUGCCUAUGCAAGCAGCAGUAUACCGAUGCUUAAUUUAUUUGCCUGAUGCUUUUAUCCAAAGCAACUUACAUAUGUCCCUUUAUUACAAGGGCCAGUCUCCCUAAAGUAACUCAGGGUCAAGGCUUAAGUAAUAAGUAAUAAUUAAGAGACAUAAAAAACAGAAUGAUUAAAUGACAAGACAAAACAAAUUACAGGAACACAGCCAACAACUUAGUGAUAGUGAUCCUAGUCAAACAGCCAGUGAACAGUAGCACUCUUAUAAUUUAUUCCACUACUUGGUUGAAUUUCCCAUUGUCCUACGUAAUUUAGAACGACCAUUAACCGUAUGUUAUUUGCACACCUAUGAAGUAGAUCCAUUUU